AUGACCUUCCUCUGGCGGUUGUUCGCGCUGCAUCUAGAACCCGAUCCGAUGUAUUUUGGGCACCUUUUUUGUGAGAUCUCACACUGGCGAGCUUACCGUCUCACGCCGAGAACAAGUCAUGGAUCGAGUGCAGAAAAUCAAGCUUGCCUUACUGUGAAACUCGCGGCUUCUGCGUGCCCCGGUGAAGCCAUAUCAGAAAGCGGAGAUCACGAGGAACCACCUGAUACCAAGAAUUUUGUUCUGUCGGCAUGCGGAAUACCCGAAUUUUAUUCAAAGACACAACAACUUUACUUUCUUAUCAUCAUCAUCAUCAACGACAGCAUGACAUCAGUGCUCAACACCAAUGCUUCACUGCCGUACAGCCAUGACUUAUUUGAAAGCCUUAUUGGUUGCACUGGGGCUGGUGUACUGCCAGGUUGCCCAGGCCUAAACAGGGGAAGUUGUGAGACAGAGAUCCGGUUGAAACCACGGACCUUCCUGUCAGUAAAUUUGAGCUCUAACCAGUUAGACCAUCUUGGACAUGGGAUCCUCAGGAAUUGA